AUGCUAGUGAUGUAUAAUAAUACAAAUCAAACAGAGACAAGUACAUGGACCGAGAGUGAUCAGAUGAAAUUGAAUGCAUUUCUGGACGAGAUUGAAUUAGCAGAAAAAAUUAUAUUAAUUAUUUUAGCCAUAUGUACAAUUCUUGACAACACUUUGGUUUUGGUAGCAACCUGGAGAGAAGCAAGUCUUCACCAACCAAAUAAAUAUUUUGUUGCCUGUUUGGCUGUCGCUGAUCUUUUGGUUGGUAUGAUUUUAGAACCAUUGAAGGUGUAUUACCGCAGUUUCUAUAUGGAAUUGAAAGUUACCAUGUCUAUUCAUCUAUGUCGUUUUACGGUGUGGAUAGAUACCUUUGCGUUAUCAGCAUCUAUUUAUACACUGACAUUCAUCAGUUUUGACCGAUAUCUCAAG